UGCUGUGCGCUCGGACCUGCUCUGUUCUCAUGUUUGGAGUGCAAGCAACCUUCCAUAUCAAAAUUUCGGGAUGUUCGGCUUUGGCGAGCUGCUACCUUUAUGGUCACAACGGGUUUUUUAUUUGUAAUGGAAUCUCGGUAAACAUUCCGCCUCAUUAUGUCAAACAUCGCCAAACAACGGAAGGAACUGUUCAGCAUUGCAUUGGUCUCCGAUUUUUUCUGCCCAAAUGCUGGAGGUGUGGAAACGCAUAUCUACUUUCUCGGUCAAUGCUUGAUGAAGUUAGGUCACAAAGUGAUUGUGAUAACGCACGCUUACGGUGAUAGAAGAGGAAUUCGCUACUUAUCAAACGGAUUGAAAGUCUACUACCUUCCUUUCUUGGUUAUCUACAACGGAUGCAGCCUUGCCACAAUCAUAGGUAGUCUGCCGUGGCUCAGAAAGAUUUUCUUACGAGAAAGAGUCCAAAUAAUUCAUGGCCAUGCUACCUUUUCCUCCAUGGCCCAUGAGGCAAUGUUCAAUGGUUGGUUAAUGGGUAUACAUACGGUAUUCACCGAUCAUUCGUUGUUCGGGUUUGCUGAUGCUUCUGCCAUUCUCACGAACACGCUCGUGUUGCAAUAUUCUUUGACGAAUGUAGACAGAGUGAUUUGCGUUUCCUACACAAGUAAAGAAAACACGGUCCUUCGCGGUAAGCUGGACGACCCACGAAAGGUGUUCACCAUCCCCAAUGCAAUAGAGAUGAGGUUUUUCUAUCCAGAUCCCGAUCAAUUUUAUAGUAAUCCGACGACUAUAAUAUUCUUGGGACGACUGGUCUACAGAAAAGGAGCAGAUCUGCUUUGCGCCAUUAUUCCCGAGGUGUGCACCAGACAUCCAGACGUUCGUUUUAUCGUUGGUGGAGAUGGACCAAAACGGCUGGAGCUGGAGGAAAUGAGAGAAAGAUACCAUCUACACAGCAGGGUCACUUUGCUCGGCAUGCUACCUCAUAAUCUAGUCAGAAAUGUGCUCGUGAAAGGACAGAUCUUCAUCAACACAUCGUUAACGGAAGCGUUCUGCAUGAGCAUCGUAGAGGCCGCCAGUUGUGGGCUUCAUGUGGUGUCAACUAAAGUUGGAGGAGUGCCAGAAGUGCUACCGGAAGAGUUCAUAUCGCUAGAGGAACCAGUGGCAGAGUUACUAAUCAAUGCCCUAUCAGAAGCAAUAAAAAGAAGAGAACGUGGACUGUUGAUAGAUCCUGUCAAAAAACACCAGGCUGUGACUACCAUGUAUAACUGGCCGGAUAUCGCAAAGCGCACUGAAGUAGUUUACCGGGAUGCAAUGCAAGAACCUACACAGCAGUGGCGUCAAGGACUGAAAAGAUAUGCUGAACAAGGAAUAGGUUUCGGAAUACUCUACAUCGUGCCAAUGCAAAUCCAGUUGCAAAUGACAUACCUCGUUCUACACUUGCAUCCAAUUCUGUGGCUAAAACACCAGUAGACUCAACUACAUAUCGAGAGUGCUCAGUGAACCAUCAUCGGAACUCUGCGAUGCGUCUUCGGAACGCUGCGAAAGCGCCUUUGAAGUGAAAAUGGCAUCGGAAUUGCUCAAGAAGUUUGUUUUCGAUACUUAUGUGAGCCCAAGACUGUGAUAUUUGCUCAUAUCCUCUAGCAAUUCGUAUAUCUGAACUCCAAAGAUCAGCUACUUCAUUCUUAUUUUUGAACAGUUCAAUCAUUCCAAUUGUAUUCAUAUGCUUUUCUUGAUUGAUCUUGUUUGUACCAAAAUGUUAGCCAAAAUAAGCGUUUUUGAGUUCUGUAUGUCACAUCCGAUAAUUUUGUCUUUCCUACUCACUUUGCAAUAUAGUUGCCCUUCCCCGUAAGCUCAUUCAUGAUAUCCUUGGUUUUACACGGGUGAAUGUUGUAGAAGAGCACGCCAAGUAUUGGAUGCUCAUUCAGUGAUAUGUAUUGUGUGAUAUCCAUUGUAUCGUCAUUGCUUGACAUCUCCAACACUUCCGAUGUGCUUAGUGGUGUGCCAUCUGCAAGUAUUUAUUUGAGAAUGGAGAAUGACCAAGAGAAUACUAAUCAUAA